AUGUCUUCCGGUGCCAUGCAAUCCAAGGUCGGAAACUCUCAGGUUUACGAGAACGGCGAUCAGCGGAACGCGCCCUCAACCCACCAGUCUCAACUAGAGAAGCCCGCCGACCUCGGGCAGAAGAACGCGCACGACAUCCACGACCCCAAGGAUAACCGUAACCUUGAUCAGCGUAUGCAACAAGAACUCAAGGAGGAGCGGGAUUCCGAGCGCAGGGAUCGCGAGCGUACUGUCACCGACCCUCUUGAGGCAGCCCAGAGCCACGGCAACAAGCCUUCGCGGGGUGCCCAGAUCGACGCAGAACUACAGAGGGAGGACGAGGAGCUCAUCAGGAAGAAGGAUGCCGCGUCGCAGUAG